CUCUCUCUCUCUCUCUCUAACCUCCCCAUGAAAAAACCACAAAUUAAGCCUUCCUCCACGCAAUUCUCACUCUAAACAACAAAACCCAUCUCGUCAUUUUGGAGAAAACAAAGCCAGAAAAAACCAGUAACCAUGAUCACUGGCAAGGACAUAUACGAUGUUUUUGCAGCCAUAGUCCCUUUAUACGUGGCUAUGAUCUUAGCCUACGGUUCCGUCCGGUGGUGGAAAAUCUUCACCCCGGACCAAUGCUCCGGCAUAAACCGCUUCGUGGCCGUUUUCGCCGUCCCAUUGCUCUCCUUCCACUUCAUCUCCUCCAACGACCCUUACGCCAUGAACUACCAGUUUAUCCUCGCCGACUCCCUCCAAAAAGUCGUCAUCCUGGUCGCCCUCUUCCUUUGGCAAGCCUUCUCCAAACGCGGCAACCUAGAGUGGAUGAUCACACUCUUCUCCCUCUCCACCCUCCCCAACACCCUCGUCAUGGGCAUCCCGCUGCUCAAAGCCAUGUACGGCGACUUCUCCGGCACCUUGAUGGUUCAGAUUGUUGUUUUGCAGAGCGUGAUCUGGUACACUCUCAUGCUCUUCAUGUUCGAGUACCGCGGCGCCAAGCUCCUGAUCUCCGAGCAGUUCCCGGAGACUGCAGCUUCGAUCACGUCGUUCAGAGUUGACUCUGACGUCGUUUCACUCAACGGCCGAGAGCCGCUGCAAACCGACGCUGAGAUCGGCGACGAUGGGAAGCUUCACGUGGUAGUGAAGCGGUCCAAUGCUUCGUCUAUGGUCUCGUCUUUCAACAAGUCGCACGGGUUGAACUCGCUGACUUCGAUGACCCCACGGGCUUCUAAUCUCACGGGAGUCGAGAUUUACUCGGUGCAGUCCUCCCGUGAGCCGACUCCGCGGGCGUCCAGCUUCAACCAAACGGAUUUUUACGCCAUGUUUAAUGCCAGCAAGGCGCCUAGCCCCAAGCACGGCUACACAAACAGUUUCCAAGGCGGAUUUGGAGAUGUUUAUUCGGUGCAGUCUUCGAAAGGAGUGACGCCGAGGACUUCAAAUUUUGAUGAGGAGGCGUUGAAGAUGACUACUAGUAAUAAGAAGAGGGGGGCGAGGAGUAUGAGCGGUGAGAUCUUCAAUGGUGGUAUGGUCUCUUCGUACCCUCCGCCGAACCCGAUGUUUUCCGGGUCUACCAGUGGUGGGCCGAAGAAGAAAGAUAGUGGAGGUGGCGGUGGAGGAGGUGGUGGUAGUGGUGGGGCAGCGCCUAAUAAAGAGCUUCACAUGUUUGUUUGGAGUUCGAGUGCAUCGCCAGCUUCUGAAGGGAAUCUUAGACAUGCAGUAAAUCGAGCUGCUUCCACUGACUUUGGGGUAAUUGAUCCUUCCAAGGCUGCAGCUCUUCAUCAACAUGAAACUGCUGCUUCAAAAGGUAUGCAUGAGUUAAUUGAGAAUAUGAGUCCUGGGAGGAAAAUGAGUGGAGAUAGGGAGCUUGAGACAGAAGAAGGAUCCAAGUUUCCACCAAGUGCUUCGCCGUACAGUAGUUGCCAGAAGAAGGUGGACAUGGAAGGAGGUGUAGCCAAGAAGCACCAAAUGCCUCCUGCCAGUGUCAUGACUAGACUUAUACUCAUUAUGGUCUGGAGAAAGCUCAUUAGAAACCCCAACACCUACUCCAGCCUUCUUGGCGUGGCCUGGUCUCUCAUAUCAUACAAGUGGCACAUCAAAAUGCCAACAAUUGUAAGUGGAUCUAUAUCAAUCUUAUCUGAUGCUGGCUUGGGAAUGGCUAUGUUCAGUCUCGGAUUAUUCAUGGCUUUACAACCAAAGAUCAUAGCUUGUGGAAAAUCUGUUGCAACAUUUGCAAUGGCUGUUAGGUUUUUAACAGGCCCAGCAGUGAUUGCUGCAACCUCUAUUGCUGUUGGUCUUCGGGGAGUUCUUUUACAUGUUGCAAUAGUUCAGGCUGCUCUUCCUCAAGGCAUUGUUCCUUUUGUAUUUGCCAAGGAAUACAAUGUCCACGCAGACAUACUUAGCACUGCGGUCAUUUUUGGAAUGCUGGUUGCCUUGCCCAUAACAAUUCUCUAUUAUUUUCUUCUUGGGCUCUAGUUUCUGUAUUUCCGAGUCAUGCUUCGGUGGAUGAUCAAUGCAUGCCAUUGAAUUCAGUGUUCAACAAAAUAUUUAAUUUUGCUCCUUCAUGUUAGUAUUAUAUUAUUUUGUUAUCUUACUGAUUAGAUAGAAAUUAAGCAAUAGAUUAGAGCUUAGAAAUCUAGAGAACGAUUUUUUAUUUUUUAUUUUUAACUUUCUUUUUUCUUCUUUA